AUGGAAUGCAGGAAGUUCGAGAUCACCCUUGUUUCAGCUCGAAAUCUUGAGGUACGAGAAACACACAAAAUGAAGGUUUACGCAAAGAUUUCAAUUGCAGGCGAUCCCAACAUGGAGAAAAGAACCCCAGUGGACAAGAAAGGGCGGGCCAACCCAGCAUGGAACUUCACCACUAUAUGCAUAAUAGGGAAGCAGGCUGUUGAACAUGAUGGUGUUUUGCUUGUGAUCACAUUAUACUGCAGCCGGACCUUUGGAGACCAAUGUAUUGGGGAAGUAUGUGUAUCGUUCAAGGAACUCUUUAAUCGGGAAAGGACACUUUGGGGUCGCCUGAGAACACCUUUUAGUUCUCCAAAGGGAGUUGGAGUUGGCAAGACAGUGAAUUACCCCGUGAAGAAUGGUGGUUCUAACUCAGGAGGAGUGCUGAAAUUUUCGUACAGAUUCGGGGAAGUAGUGAUUGUUGAUCAAACAUCCGGCCGGAAAAGUACUUUGGCGUCUGUAGCCCAGUGGGUGGUGCUGAUUAUAACAGUUGUGACUGGAGUAGAUCUGCCGAUUGAUAUUCCAUUUUCUUGGAAGAUGUUUCAUGAGGUGUAG